UCCUGAUUUCGCGUCGCGCUCGCGAAUAGGGAACGGCCGAUUCGCACUCCCCUUCGAGACGUCGAGCAUUCGAAUCGUUGUUCCGUUCCCCGUUUCCGAUUUUUAUUCUCUUUUGUUUUCCUUCCCUCCUCUCCUCCUCCUCCUCCUCCUCCUCCUCCUCCUGUUCCUCCUCCUGCUCUUCUUUCUUCCUCGUUCUCAGUCUCCGCGUAUUUCGAAUGUUUCCGCUACUUUGACCGACAGCUCCGUCCCGACGACGGCAGAUAGGAAAAGGCGAUCCGUCCGCCGUUGCUUAUUCGAAAGUAGGCCCGAUGGUAUCCGAGUCAUCAGGCACAGUACCGUAAAACAGACGUCCAAGUGUCGUGACAACGCGCACCCGAGGAAUUCAGUUUCGAGCGUGAGUGCGAAAGAGUGUUUGCGAAAACAUUGUCGCAUCGUGGAUAACUUGCCGCGGUGAUUGUUCGAUCGCCGAUUCGUCCUUCACUCUGAUCGGGAGCAACAUACCAGCAAGGCAUACCGAUGAAACUUUGAACGAUCGAUGGAUCACGGUGAACGACGGGACACGCUGAGAAGAGAACAGCUGCGGCGAGCCGUUGGAAUCGACGAUCGGUGCAAGAUGGAGGAGGAGUCUCGGAUCUCCUAACGGGUUGACAACGCGACGAACUCCAGGAUGGGCAACAAUGGAAGCAGCAACCGGAACGAACAGACCGCGUCCAACCGUUCGAACGGGCUGCCGAUUCCGGAUGCGAACCGCGGCUGGUCCCAGUCGUUUCCGCGUGAGCUUGCUAAGCAUCGGUCUCCGGCGAACGGAGCGGCGGCGGUGGCGGCGGCGCGAAAGGUCCUGCCGGAGCCACCCAACCAGAGAUUACGCGCCACCGACAACGGCAGCAUCAUCCAAAACGGCGGGACCAUAAGCGGUCGCAGAGCGUCGACGUACGCGUCGUCGCGCGACCUCUCCAAGCGUGACCGCUUCGGCGAGGGCCAGUUCCGCUGCAGAAGCACUUCGGCGUCGCGCGUCCCGGAGCCGCGGUCCACGAGGAUCGAACGAGCCUGCUGUCGCUACCAAGCCGACGCGAUUCGACGGCGAUCGGACGCGGCCGCCGACCUGAAGAGAUUCGGCAGCGAGCCCGACUUGCGUUACUCGGCCGAGUCACAGGAGUCCCGGACGAACGCCGGAUAUCCGAUGACCGGCGAAGAGGACCGCCUGAGCAACCGCCGCCGGCUGGACAGAGACUACAAGGAUCGCGUGGAUAGCAGGUACAGAGCUAGGAAGAAGUACAAAGCUCCAGCACCGCCGACCACGCUGCUCGACCUCGGCAACGACUCCGUCUCGACCUCGAUCUCUACCUCGAUGUCGGCCUCGAUGCUGGCCGGGCCCAGCGACCUCGAGGUUCCCUACGGCCGCGAACGCGACGUCCAACCGCCCCCUAGGAAGUCUCGUCUGUUCAAAACCCGGGCCGAGACGAAGAAGGCUAGGGUCGGCUGGCAGCUGUCCGGCUACGACGGACAGAGGCGUCCGCUGCGAGUGGAGCCCGCGCACCAACACCGGUGCCGUCCCGACGACGAGAGCGCGCGCGCCGCGGAGGAUUUCGCACGCGGACGCGCCGAGCACCAGCGACCGGCGGAUCAGUACGACGGGAAGAACACGCUUCGGCGAAGCGUCAGCAGCCCCGAGUUCCAGGCCGAGCUGAUCCAAGUAGCCAGGAGAGUCCGCGACAAGCUGGCGUGCGCCAGCGGCGCCGCGAUCGCUAAUCAUCCUCAUCCGAUCAGCGGCGAGGCGAGAUCGUUGGAGCGCCGGUACGAAUCUCCGGACGACCGUGCACCCGAUCGUCUCUUUGAAACUGCCCGCGAGCGCUCGGAAGCGACUGGCCUGAGCCGACCCGAGGUCGAGACCGAAACGGACAACGAGAACGAAGACGUUAAUCAGAGUUCGAAGACUCGGCACCGGCGGACCGACGAGCGAACCAACGAACAAACGGACGAACGAUUACCUAGAGGUUCUAAGAGCGACGAGAAGAUCAAUGGUUCGAACUUCGAGUUAUCCAGCGCUGAUCAGGGGUCGGUAGACUGUGCAGCCCGUCGUCGGUCGAAUCCUGACGUUCGCAACGAUCGGAACGUGUCCGACGGUUCGCUGGCAACACGAUCGAAAGAAGCGGUGGACGGUCGGGGUUGGGUGCCAGGAAGGAUCGAGCGACGGCUCGGGGACAAGGAAAAUCUGGAUCCCGGUCGGUGGAACGGCGCGAUCGACCCGGUAGAUCCGACGAACGGUGUGCAGAGGUACCUGGCUGAUGAUAAGUGCGAGCCGACGCUUCCGGAGGAACGACGAGAGUAUCAACAACCGAAUGUCGUGGCCACACGCCACGCACCGAAGACCUUCUACUUCGGCAUGAACGAGCUGUUGGUGUCCUCGAGCGAAUCCCGUCGCAGGCUGGACCAGUCGAAAUUGGAGAAAAGGGAGAAGCGGGAAAAGCGAGAGAAGCGGGAGAGGCGAGAGAAACGGGAGAAGAGGACCGAGUUCCGAGACGAAGAGAACGGCAGAUCUUCCAUGGAGACUGCCGAGGACACCGAUGACACCUCCGGGCGCAACGUCGCGGAGGACAUCUCGCUGCAACUGCGACCGACGCUGCCGAAGAAGCAGCUGGAGAUUCCUAGGUUCUCGCCGUCCGCUGCCUGGAGGUUACUCUCGGCAAUGGAGACGCCGGGACCCAGCAUGAGCACUGCCAGCGAAGAAAUGCCGAUAAUGUUCGAGGAGCGAAUCGAGCGGCUCUCGAGGCCACCGCCCCCGCCGCCUCCGCCGCCGCCUUUGCUGGCGCUGGGUCCUCGCAGCUCCCACGACAAAUCAGGAGAUUCCGGAAUAUCCGGCGACGCGGGGGCAGGCAACGAGGACUCGUUGGACGUGAGCACGAUCAACCGAGUGAAGACGUCCGCGACGCGGCCGACUUGGACGCCGCAGCAAGACCUCGGCGAAGAAUCGAGCAGCGACGCGGGGGUGGAUUCACCUUCGCCGUUGCCCGUCCCCUUCAAGUAUCCUCCCCGAGCGCGCGUCUUCUCGCUCUCGCUGCCCCGCGAGGAUCCACGGUAUGGGACGCACUUCGUUGCCCCCGAAACGAAGACGAGGGAGCAGCUGUCGACCUUCAACUCGCUGAAGAAGCUGAAGAGAUCCGUGUCAGGGGCGUUCGGGAUCGGCGCGCACGAGCUCCGGAGGAAGCACUCGCACGACGCUCUCGACGACAACUGGUUCUUGUCGACGAGCGCGCCGACCUCUUUGCAGCACGGCCAGUCGGCGGAGACGACGACGAGGUUCGCGUCCUCUUGCUGGAAAUCGAUCGUCGCUCGCGAACGCGGCCACGGCAACAGCCGCGAGGAGAGGUUCGUCGUCGGCGUGAGGACCUAUCGCGACACCGAGUUCGACGGCGACGGGGACGGCGACGCCGACGACGACGACGACGAGAACGACGACAACGAAGACGACGACGAAGAGGAGGAGGAGGAAGUGGAGGACGAGGACGACGACGAGGACAGCGACGAGAACGAAGAGAAGGAGAAGAGCAAGGAGAAGAGCAAGGAGAACGAGGAGAAGAUGAAAGAGUUCGUGGAUGAUUUCCCUGUGGCGCUGAAGCCACCGUCCUUCUCGUACCUGUCUCCGGGCGGACACGUGAUGUACCUGCCGGAGACGAACGAGGGCGCGAAAUACUCGGCUCACGAUCGAAUCGAGAGAGAGAUCGGUGUCGACUACGAGGAGACGAAGGCAGUGGAGAGACGCGUGCACGCGGGUAGCCGUGGCACGCGCGAUCGGUACAUCUCGAAGCGACGGUCGAGGACCGUAGAGGCCGUAGAGAAUUCCGCGGGCGAGUCGAAACAGAAACGAGAGCCACUCGCUCGAGAAUCCAACAAUUGGUCCGGCAAUGGAGAAUCGUGCUCGUUGAAACAGUCGAAGCAAACGAAGGAGGAGAAGGGGACGAAAGACGCGAAGGACGCGAAGGAAACGAAAUCGCAAGGGAAGAGCGGCUCGAAGAGCAAGCGGUUCACCUUCCAGUCGACGGUCAGACAAAUAGAGAGGCGCAGGUUGGCCGAGAAGCUGUCGAGGGAGGCCGAGGCGAAGGAGCGGCAGAGGAAAGGGGAGCUGGAGGCCAUGAGGAAAGUGGAAGAGGAGUUCCAGCGGAAACGCGCGAAGGAGAAGGCGAACAUCAGGCAGCAGUUGCGCUUGUUCAAGGAGAUGGAGGAGAAUUUCAACAACAUGGGGAGCGCCGAGUGGGACGGCUCGCAGGCGCGCCGCGCGGAUCCCGACGGCGCUCCCUCUUCCACCGCCUCCUCGCCAACUUGGCAGCCAGCCGGAAGCUGCAAGACCCCGCCGCGAAAGAGUCUCGAGAGGUGCAACGAUUUCCAUCGGAAGAGGGACUCGGGCUCCGGGUCGGGUUCCGACUCCAAGCACCGUCGCGCCGAGGCGAACGGGUACCGGCCGAACUACUACGACUGGGCGCCGGAGAACGCGUCGCACCUGGACGCCAAGCAAACCACCGUUCACCCGAAGAUCGUCUGCGACAUCCCGAAGAGCUCUCCCGUCUUCGUGGAGCUGAACGCGCAACCUGGCAAGUCGGCGACCACUUCCGACUCCGCUGUCAGGUCCGACAAUUACAGGAAGGAUUUCGCGCACGGCGCGAUGAUCGCCAAGCAGUCUCUCGCGAGCAGCGACAGCGAACUCUCGCAGCCGAACACGAGGCCGCAGUCCAGGGAGACCGGAGUACAAACGAAAGCCCAUCGAUCUAGGUCGACCAGUCGGGAACGAUGCGAAGACGCGGCGACCUCGGAAGAGGAGACUCCGGUGGAGCCGGCGAAACGACCGAGGAACCCUGCGCACGAUUUCACGCUGAGCGGGCUGCGACCGUUCACCAGGAGGAGGACCUACCGACCGAUUUCCUUCGACCCCCGUCCGUCCACGUUCGUCCCGAGCUGAUCGGGUUCGGCAGCCACAGCGAGCCAACGGCUCCUCGAACCAGGAGGGAUUUUUUCUACGUCAUCUUGUUGCAUCAUUUUCUGUAA